UCCAUAAGCACACAACCUCGAAGAUGAUGCACCGACUGCUGGCAAGGGCGAUGCGCGCACGCGCCGCACCUCUUCGUCAAGGGGCGCGCAAUGCAUCUCACGGUGGCGCAGAUGCACACAAGUACUCCGAGAGUGUCACGCCCAUUGAGCCAAGCCCAAUGUACUCGUAUGCGGCCACGGGCAUGGGCGCAGUGAUGUGGUUCUGGAUUCUGUGGAGGGCAAAGCACGACCUUCCCCACCUCUUGGGCUUUGAGCAUCCUUGGGACCACCUGCACGAGCACGGUGACGAGGAGCACCACUAAGCGUACCACUACCAUCGACAACCAACAGCCAACCAACCAUCUGUCGUGAACUGUUGUCUGUGCUCCUGUCUAGUUCAUGUGUCAAUGUGUGCUUGUGUAAGUGUUCUUCACCCUUCUUUCUUUCUCCCCACAACUCCCGCUUUGGGUCCUCUCUGCGUGCUGCCGUGUCGUGUGUCAUGUGUUGAUGGAUAACUGUGGUGUACUGGUUUGCUGUGUGGACCACAAGUGAAUGAACAGCGUGUUUGUGAUGAGACGACUGCAACAUAUGGGGAAGAGGAGAACUGUGUUGGAGGUGGCGGCCGCCUUGUUCAUUCCUUGGACAUCUUCGCUUUCUUGGCAUCCUACACAGCAGGGUGAGUGGAACCGCACACGCAAUACAACGCAUGGGUGAGUGCACGCAUGUUCACGUUCGCGUUCCA